AUGCUUUCUAAGGCGAAAUCCUCUGAGAAGGCCUUGACUGUUGAGAAGCUCCAGGCGAUGAGUGAGGAAGAAUUGGAGCUUCGUCUUAAGCUCUCAGAGGAGAAUAAGGCUGCAUUUGCCCAGGUCCAUGACAGAUUUUUAAGAGCUCAUCAUAUCAAUACAAAUCAUGCUAAAUCGAGAAUUGGAUCUCAUUUGCUUGAAUUGAGAUUGCCUGAAUUUUCUGGUGGCUAUACUGAAUUUGUCGACUUUCAAUCCAUGUUCAAAGCUAUCAUCGACAAUGACGUGGAGCUCACUAACAUUGAGAAGCUGCAGCAUUUAAAGUCUAGCCUGAAGGGUUGCGCCUUGGAUACAGUGCGCUCAUUAGAAAUUUCGAUUACCGGCAAUCAACCCAGUUUGACCGUUAAACCCGAUGGUUGGAAAAUUCCCUCGAAUAUUCAGCUGGCCGAUCCGGACUUCUAUAGAUCUCGGAGAAAAGAUCUCCUUAUUGGAGCAAGCAUGUUCUUUGAGCUAUUAUCUGUAGGGCAGAUUAAGUUGGCUGCUGGGUUAUCCCUAUUGCAGAAAACAAGGCUUGGUUGGAUCGUUACAGGAGGUGGAUCUUCUACUCUCAAGGCAACUGCAUUACACGGCCAAGCUGUGCACCGUGAACUGGUUACUGCUGAAGUUCAUAUGGAUGAAUUAGUCCGUCGCUUUUGGGAAGUUGAGAGUUGUGGUGAAGGCGUGGUCACAGCCACCAAAGAAGAACUGGAGUGCGAAGCUCAUUUCAAGACCAACUUUCGUCGUUUAGACUCUGGUGAAUAUUCCGUACGAUUACCUGCGAAGAACACUCUAGAAUUACUGGGUGAAUCGUACAAUCAAGCUUAUUGUCGAUUUCUCAAUUUGGAGAGCAAGCUAGAGCGCAAGCCAGAAGUCAAGGUCCAAUAUUCGGCAUUCAUCCGUGAAUAUUUGCAUUUGAAGCACAUGUCGGUUGUGCCCAUAAACUCCUUGAGUCUUUGCAAAUAUUUUCUGCCCCACCACUGCGUUUUCAAAGAAGACAGCACCACGACUAAAUUGCGAGUCGUUUUUGAUGGGUCUGCCAAAACGUCAAGUGGACAUUCGCUGAACGAGGUUCUCAUGGCAGGGUCUACCAUUCAACAGAAGCUGUUCAACACGCUGUUACAGUUUCGGACUUUCCCAGUUGCAUUGACUGGUGACAUCUGCAAGAUGUAUCGGUGUGUUCGCGUGGCUGAACCCGAUAGCUAUCUUCAAUGUAUUCUUUGGCGUGACUCACCGGACCAGGUAUUCAAGCUUGAUACCGUGACCUAUAGAACUAAGCCUGCAGCCUUUUUAUCCGUUCGCGCGAUGCAUCAACUGGCGAAUGAUGAGAAGAGCACAUUUCCAAUCGGUUCUAAAAUCAUUUUGCGGGACUUUUACGUUGAUGAUCUGAUCACAGGAGGCCAAUCAACACAGGAAGUCCUCGAAAUCAUGUCUCAAACAACAAAAUUGCUUGCACGAGGUGGCUUUAAGCUCAGGAAAUGGUGUUCCAACGAGCGCGAUGUCCUUGAUAAAGUUCCUGACUCGGAAAACGAAACAUUCCUGAAGUUUGACGACUUUACCAAGACACUGGGUCUUGCUUGGAUCCUGCAGCGGAUGUCUUUCGUUUCUCUUUUUCUCCCAUACAGGUCUCUCCAAAGCCAUGUAAACGGCUGGUGCUUUCCACAAUUGCUCGCGUGUAUGAUCCGCUUGGUCUCAUUGGUCCUGUAG